CAAAACAAAACAAAUACAAUCCAAUGAGUUAUAAAGCCAGAAUCUGUUUGGUGCUGGCAGCACUGCUGCUCGCCUCCGCCACAAUGGCCCUCGGAUCCGAGGAUCCGGAGCUGAGGCAGUGCAAGAAGAGGUGCCAAGCGCAGCACCAGUCCGACGAGAAGCAGCUGCGACAAUGCGUCGCCACCUGCGAGGAACACCACCGCCACAGCGCCAACGACAGGAGCCCCAUCGAGAAGCUGCGCGAGUGCAACAAAGACUGCGAGCACCGCCAGCAGCAGGAGCGGCUGCGCGCGGACUGCCAGAGGCGGUGCCAGGAGAGGUACGAGAAGGAGGUGGAGAGGUUUGAAGAGAGAGGGAAGCACGGCUAUGAUCGAGAGAGAGAAGAAUACCACGGCCGCGGCGCCGGACAGAGACAGAGCUCCAACCCCUACGUCUUCGAGGAUCGCCACUUCUUCACCGGAAUGCAGACGCAGCACGGCCGCCUCCGCAUUCUCCACCAGUUCACAGAGCGCUCUGAGCUUCUGCGCGGGAUCGAGAAUUUCCGCGUGGCCAUCCUGGAAGCGCAGCCGCAGACGUUCAUUGUGCCCAAGCACUUGGAUGCCGACACCAUAGUGUUUGUUGCCAGAGGAAGGGGAGCAGUGAGCACGGUGCGCCAAGACAGGAGGGAGAGCUUCAAUAUUAAAGAGGGGGAUAUAUUCAGAAUCAACGCCGGAACGACCACCUAUUUUGUCAACAGAGACAACAACGACAGACUAAUCCUAGUCAAACUUAUCCAGCCUGUUAACACUCCUGGCCACUUCCAGGAAUUCUUCGGAGCUGGAGGGGAGAAUCCAGAAUCUUACUUCAAGGCCUUCAGCAAUGAAAUUCUUGAAGCUGCUUUCAAUGUGGACGGCGAGAGAGUGAGGAGGCUAUUCGGGCAACAGAAGCAAGGAGCGAUCAUCAAGGCGUCGCCGGAGCAGAUCCGAUCGAUGAGCCAGCACCAAGAAGGCGGCAUCUGGCCCUUCGGCAGCGAGUCCAAGGGCACUCACAACAUCUACGACAACCGCCCCAUCUACGACAACCAGUUCGGACAGUACUACGAGGUCGACGCCUCCCAAUUCCGCCAGCUACGAGACCUCGACCUCGCCAUCUCUUUCUCCAACAUGUCCGAGGGUGCGAUGACCGCUCCCUUCUACAACUCGAAGGCGACGAAGAUCGCCGUGGUGGUGGAGGGCGAAGGUUACUUCGAAAUGGCGUGCCCCCACCUAUCUGAGUCGGAGAGCCGCCGCACCCCAUAUGACGGAGAGGACAACCACCAUCUCCCACGCGAUGAGGCGUUCUCUAGGCAGAGCAGGGGCCAAGCCAGCUACCAGACGGUCCGGUCCCGAUUGAAGGCCGGCACCGUCGUCAUCGUUCCGGCGGGUCAUCCUUUCGUGGCUGUUGCUUCCAACAACCAGAAUCUCCAGAUCGUCUCCUUUAAAGUCAAUGCUUACAACAACCAGCAAUACACUCUUGCAGGGAAGAGGAAUGUGAUGAACCAGCUAGAGAGAGAGGCGAAGGAGCUGGCGUUCGGAGUGCCGGCGAGAGAGGUAGAGGAGGUAUUUAGGAGCCAGAAGGAGGAGUUCUUCUUCGAGGGACCGGGGCGGAGAGCCGACGCAUGAGCGCCUGCCGGAAUUUUGAGCUUGGAAGUUUGUGUGUGUAAAUUUUGUGGCGGUCUAGUGUGGGAAACAACUCUGUAAUGGCGUUUUGAGAAUAGAAGCAGCUGUUUGCGGAGAUAUCAUGUAAUUAUGUAUAUGUAAGAUCCACAUGAAUAAGACUUUGAGCUCCGGCGAGUGUUUUCCACUCA